AUGGCUACUAGAACUCAAUUUGAAAAUUCCAACGAGGUUGGUGUCUUCUCCAACUUGACCAAUUCCUAUUGUUUAGUAGCAGUUGGUGGAUCCGAAAACUUUUAUUCUGCGUUUGAAGCUGAAUUAGGAGACAUAAUCCCAAUUGUACACACCACUAUUGCUGGUACCCGUAUUGUGGGGAGAAUGACAUCUGGUAACAGAAGAGGUUUGUUAGUUCCUACUCAAACAACUGAUCAAGAGUUAAUGCAUUUGAGAAAUUCCUUACCAGAUUCCGUUAAAAUCCAAAGAGUUGAAGAAAGAUUAUCUGCUUUAGGUAAUGUUAUAUGUUGUAAUGAUUACGUUGCUUUGGUUCAUCCAGAUAUUGAAAGAGAAACUGAAGAGUUGAUUGCUGAUGUAUUAGGAGUUGAAGUUUUCCGUCAAACCAUUGCUGGUAACGUUUUAGUUGGUUCAUAUUGUGCAUUAAGUAACCAAGGUGGUUUGGUACAUCCACAAACUUCUAUACAAGAUCAAGAAGAAUUAUCUAGUUUAUUACAAGUUCCAUUGGUUGCUGGUACCGUAAAUAGAGGUAGUUCAGUUGUUGGUGCUGGUAUGGUUGUUAAUGAUUGGCUCAGUGUUACUGGUUUAGACACCACUGCCCCAGAAUUGUCUGUUAUUGAAUCCAUUUUCAGAUUACAAGAUGCCCAACCAGAUGCUAUUGGUGGUAACUUGAGAGAUACCUUGAUUGAAACUUAUUCUUAG